CAAUCAGCAGCUCCCGCUGAGCGGAGAAACCCGACGGCUGUGCCACUGCGCGCCUCAAAUCUCUGCCGAGGCUCACGCGAGGGACACCUAGAUACUGCCCGGCGCGGCGGGCGACCCGAACGGCAGCAGAAACACGUGACCUGUCGAGGAUGGAGCGCGCGGGGAGUCGCCGACCACUCUGAACCGUCGAGACAACUAAGGCAAAACCUCCCCUGCCCGAAGGCGAAAACCAUGCUCCCUCAGGAAGUCGGGAAGCAGAAGCCCCGCCGCGUGUCGGACCCGGUGUGCGGCGCGGACUGUCCCCCGGUGCCGCCCCGGCGCUUAAAGAACCGGGACUUCCCUCUGAGCGUGAAGCGCCGGCGGUCCGGUUCCGCGCCCGAGCGCAAGGUGAACUGCGUCCUGGUUGGAGACGGAGCGGUGGGCAAGACCAGCCUCAUCGUCAGCUACACCACCAACGGGUACCCGACGGAAUAUGUUCCGACAGCCUUUGACAACUUUACCGUGAUGGUUGUGGUCGACGGGAAACCGGUGAGGCUGCAGCUCUGUGACAUGGCUGGACAGGACGAGCUGGAGCGCCUCCGGCCGCUUUGCUACAAGAACGCAGAUGUCUUCCUCCUCUGCUACAGCGUGGUCCGUCCGGGCUCUUUCCGUAACCUGAUCGACAGGUGGGUCCCCGAGAUCCGUCGCCACUGCCCCGGUGCCCCCCUGGUCCUGGUCGGCACCCAAAUGGACCUGAAGGAGGACGUCCAGGUGCUGAUCCACCUGGCACAGAACCAGGAGCGGCCCGUGGACACCGAGGAGGGCCAGCGGCUGGCCCAGGAGCUCGGGGCGGUGAGCUUUGCAGAGUGCUCGGCGCUGACCCAGAAGAACCUGAAGGACGCCUUCGAUUCAGCCAUCUUGGCCAGCAUCCAGCAGACGGACAGUAGCAGCGUCCAGCAGCAGAGGCUGACCCUGAGGAAGAAGACUCCGGACAAGAUCAAGAGCCUCUCGGAAACCUGGUGGAGGAAGAUCAACUGUCUGGUGGGAGAGCAGAGCUGUGAAUUCAAGUGAACACACCUGCACAAUGACAAACCCGGGUCAGACAUAGUUUGCAAAUACUUGUUAGAAUUGGUUUGUUUUAGCCCAGAGGGAAGGUGCCGGGCGGGCGGGUUUGGAACGCGAAGGUUUCCAGUGCAAAUCCUCACGCCGACGGGGAAAGUGUAGACAGAACAAGAAGCCCUGGUUUGAUCUGAAAGAUCUGAAACAGCAGCUGGAAUUAGUUUUCAGCCUUUCACAUUUUUAGAGCUGUAUUUUGCUCCCUCAGCCCCCGAUUCCUUUUUUCAUUGCUUUUUAAAAAAAAAAAAAAACACACAAAAAAAACC